AUGGAUGAUGGCCUCGACCAGGGAAAUUAUAUCAUCUGCGCAGCAAACAAGCAAGGAGGACUUGAAAGCAAUCAUCCCAACAUGUUGACCAUAUCAAUUUUCCUGGGAGCUCUUGGGCUUAUCCCGAUGUGCUCGGCCGUGCCCCACUAUGUACCUUCUCGGAUCGACCUGAACCAUCGCCCUGUCCCCGGCAUGAGGCAUAAAUAUGGUAUCGAAACAAUCAGUGAAGCAAAUCUCUUUUGGUUCGGCAGUUUCGACGUCGGCAGCUCCAAGAACCUUACCCUCCUUGUUGACACCGGUUCAGCUGACGUGAUUGUCAACCCCGGCCUCUAUAAGAAGGGAUCGAGAGCCAUUGAUAUCAAUGAGAACUUCACAAUCACCUAUGCAACCACGAAAAGCGAUGGAUCGGGCAGUGGAACAGUCACCGGCCAAAUGUACAACGAUACCGUCAAAUUUGGAUCGAUGGAGGCGCAUCAAACGGUCGGAUCUGCGGAUGGAACGGCUCUGAUUCCUGCCGACGGCAUUGUUGGAUUUGCUGGUCUGGCAGUUUCUUCCUUCCAUGGCGCUGCUCCCUUCUUUCACUCGUUGUGUCAACAGGGACAAGUUGCCGAUUGUCGAUUUGGAAUCACGCUAUGGGAAGAUGGAAAGGGCACGCAGGUGCUUGGAGCCUUGGACAAGUCCCUGUUCAAGGGAGAGCUUACUACGGCCUCCGUUGUCAUCCAGGAGUGGGCCUUAUAUGCUGACAUUGCGCUUGAUAACAAGAUCAUCAAGUCCAAUGCACUCGUUGAGCUGGAUACUGGAACAGCCACGGUUAUCGGCCCUUUUGAGGAAGUAAUCGAGAUAUUCAAAGCUUCUGGCAUCCAAGCUGUUGUCCAAACGACCGAAGAUUCUGGCACAACCAUCAAAUCUGUCACCGGCUAUUUUCCAUGCAACCAGCCUCCCAUAUUCGGCUUCAGCAUUCCAUCACGAAAGAAUGCCACCGCCGCCGCCAAGCAGCACUCUAAGCUUGUUAGCCACCGCAGCUCCAUAUUUAAUAUUGCGCCAGACCAGUGGAUUGCCGCGAACAAUGGAAACAACAACUGCACUGCUAUUGUGUCGGGAACCAGUUCCAUGCCAGUUGAAGGCCUUUGGGUCGUUGGUCAACCAUUUUUCCAUGGAACCUAUGUCGACCACAACGUCAAGGAUGGAACUCUGGGCUUUGCUCCUGCAAAUUGCUAG